GUACAGUUCUCAUUUUUUGCAGUAGCAGACGGAUAAAUUCCUGUACAGUUCUCACUAUUUUAAUGAAACAUCGGUUUAGACGGAAAAAAUCCUGUACAGUUCUCACUAUUUUGAAGUAGCAGAGGGAUAAAUUCCUGUAGUUUAUAUGCUCUCCUUAUCACAUACGGAUACACUGUUCACAGCACAGUCGCGUAUUUAAAUUGUUUGGACAUUUCCCCAAGAAUCGCUAAGUGCAGAUAUGAGGAAUCUGCCCCCAGGCUGGGAGGAAGACAUCACACCCGACGGCCGAGUCUAUUAUGUUGACCACACCAGACAAGUGACCACAUUCAACCACCCCGUCUACGGCUACCCCCAGCCCCCUGAUGUGGCAGCCUCCUCCAUAGCAGUCGUUUCCCCAAGCCCCUCCAGCCCCACUAGUCCAGGCUCUUAUCAACAGGAACAUUUUAAACGUGGAACGGUCAAGCAAAGAAGUGUGAAGGCACCAUCAUCUAAAAGAAACCCUGACUCUGAGGUUAUAAAGCGAGGCUGGCUUUAUAGAUUGGAGACAAGUGGCAUAUCAAAAAGCUGGAAGAAAAGAUGGUGUGUCUUGGCAGACUUUGCUCUGUUUAUAUACAAAGAUGAAGAUGAGGCUUUGACCUUGAACUCUAUCCUCCUCCCAAGCUAUAGAAUAAAUCCUUGUACAGAAGCAGACAACAUAAAGCGGAACUUUGCCUUCAAGGUAGAACACGAGAACACCAAAACUCUGUACUUUGCCACAGACAACUCUACAGAUCUCUUCUCCUGGAUGUCCCUACUCACACAGGCAGCCAUCAUGAAUGGGAACGGUUUUCAGAGGGAAACAAUGAACAUGAGACAGCAUCCACUUAAAGCUAUGAACAAACCCACCUACACUGACCCCAGGGACCAUGACCCCAGGGGUCAGUCUUAUCAAUACAACCCCAACGGUCAAGUCCCCAACGGCGGGUCUGCCCAUAAUAACAGCACCAACCCUAAAGCCAACCUUAGGUUGUCACAGUCCUCUAGCUACAGAGGAUAUGAGGACCCAGCCAAAAGUCCUUUGGGCACCCCACUGGAGCCUGUCUUCACUAGACCAUUUGAGAACCCUCCUCCAGUUGAACUCCAGAGGCAUCAAAACCGUGUGAGUUUGGAUGGCUCAAACACUUUAUCCAACUCCUCCUUCCGUGGGCCACAAGUGAACCCAACCCUGGAGAGGAGGGUCAACCCUAACCAGUCCCAGUCCUCUAGGAGUUUGUCUGGCAGCAGCCGCGAUGACCCCAGGCUUCAGCCCCAACCGCUGCGGGACGGUUUCGCACCUGACUCGGCCCGCAGCAGUUUAGCGCAGUCUGAAUCCAGCCACACAGGGGCGCACCAGUACAGCCCAGUGCAGGCUGAGAAGCAGAGGCUACAGCAGCAACUGGGCUACCCACUGAGGAACUCUGCAGAGCCACACAAACAGGUACAAGAUCCACAAAGAGAUUCUUAUUCAGACUUUGAUGCACCAGUCAAACAGCUGCACAAGUGGGAUGAGAACUUCCCUGAUCUGGAAGCGGAGAAAUUGAAGCACAGUUCGUUCGAUGACCUUCUUGAAGGGGGCAGGGGCAGGCACCCUGAUACGUUCAACGUCCGCAGCAAGUCACAUGAAAACUUCUCCAGACUUCCAGAGAGGAGGGAUCAGCCCCCAGUGAGGUCAGAGAAUAGCCAGCCCCCACACGGAUCAUUGCGGAGAGAUCAGGCUGUAGAAAACCAUUUCCCAGGUCAGCCAUACAGAGAUGGGCCUCAGCAAAGUAGACCCAACAUGCAACAAGCACCAAAUCAGCGAGGGAGUUUGUCCAACAUCCAGCAAGUACCAAAUCAGCGAGGGAGUUUCUCCAACAUGCAGCCAAAUCAGCGUGGGAGCUUGUCCAGUGAUCGAGGCCAACCUAACUACACUGGAGCUAGAAGCACCAACCCCGGCAGUUCACAAAACAUUUCCCGUAAUCCUCAGGGCUCUGCAUCCCACUCUAACCUCACAUACGGCCAGCCUAACCCGGCUUUUAGGGGAUCCCAUCAGCUUCUUGGAGGUCCAGAACCCCAUUCAAAUGGUGACCCCAUGAGGGGAUCUCUCAGAGAUGCCAGAGGUCAGGCUGACCCCAGACACAUGCAGCAUCCCCCAGGAGCUCCUCAACAAGACAGAAGAUCCUACUCAUCCACCUCCUCCAGCCAUGCAGCUCCCUCUAACCCAGCAGCUAGGAACUCUGGGAACCCCCGGCAGUUUGACCCCCACCAGCAGCAGGCGUCUCUACCCCACCCUGGUCAGCAGCACUCUGACCUUCACCUUAACCUCAAGCAGCCGUAUAACCCACAUACAUACAACAACCAAAGCAGCCCAGACUCGUACUUCCCACCCGACCGACCGCCCUACCCCUCCUCCAUGAGGCAGCAGAUUGUGGAGGAAAUAGCGCAGACCAAAACUCCGGUCACACAGAAGGAUUUCCUGACAGCCUCAAAUUUGAGCAUGCAGCGAAUGCAACAGCCCUCAUACUUUCAAUAUCCUUCCCCAAGAGAUCAGCCCCCUUCCUACAACCGGUCACUCCAGAACAACCCACCCACAAUGCAGUCCAAUCAGAUGGUCAGGAACGAACCGAAUUCUCGCUUGUCCAACUCCAGCCAGGCCAGUCUGUCCUCACAGACCAAUCAGAAACACAGCCCUCAUUCACCUCCAGACUCCAUGAUGGACCCUGAAGCUCAGAAGUUGAGGAUGGCUUAUGGAAGGGUCAACAGUUUGAGAAUGGCUCCAGACAAAGCUCCACCAAGAAGACAGGCACCUCCAAUUCAAACAGUGAAAGAAGAUCCAAACAUGUCGGACAGAGAUAUUCUGGAAACAAAUCUUCAGAAACUGAACAAAAAAAAUCCACUCAAUGGCCCCCGUGUGAGGAUGAGCAUAUCUGCUGGUGACUUGAUUGGCAAAACUCAUGAUGAACUGGUGUUGUUCCUUAUUCAACUGAGAAGAAAUCAGGCAGCACUGGAGAAUACAAAGGAAAUGUACCAUGGCCAGCUAGAGCAGAGGAGACCUGGAGAGAUGGAAUACAGGAAACAAAUGCAGCAGUAUGGUGGUGUCCAGGACAGAAGAUUAUUUGAUAACCAUCAAAGUUAUUUAGAAGCCAAAAGUCAAAUGGAGGAAAUUGACAACAAGCUGGAAGUUUACAAACCAAUAAUAAACCUCCUGGACAACAUGGUUACUAUGGGAAGUUUAUAUGGGGGAGAUAACCUCAUGCUAGCCACACAGUACAGAAAACACCUGUUAAGACCUGACCAGUACCAACCACCUAAAAAGAUGCUGGAAUUUUCUCGCAAGUUACAAGAGGAGAGGUUAAAACAGGAGACAGAAUCAGAAAUUAAAAAGUUGUCUUCUGAUGAAGUCGACCUAGAGGAAAAAAUAGAUCGCCUGAAUGAACUAGACCGGCUACUACAGGAGCAGAGUUUUAAGGUCUCAAGCUACAGGGAGGAUAAGGAAAUAAUGGAAAAAGCUUUGAGUGGGGUCCUAAAACAACAGGACCAGUACAGUAAUGACCCCAGAGAGAUGCGACGACUGAGCCAGCAACAAAGGACAUUGGAGAGAGAGAUCUCUAGGGUGACGCAGCAACUGGCUUUGGCUUCAAAGGAGCUUGAAGAAACAUCGGCUGAAAACAAUAAGUUGGAGCAUGAGAUUGCUUUACUACGCACCAAAGUUAAUGGAGAACUAAACCGCAGUAAAAGCGCUCCAUCACUGGCCACAGAAAACGGCCGCACUAAGGAAAUGAUGGAACAAGAGCUGGCAAAAGUGGAGGGCAUCAUGCAAGGGCUGAGCAAAGAAGGGGAGAGGUUGUCACAAGCUAUGAGCACAAUCAGACGCUCAUCCUCCAGUUCUCAACUGGCCUCAGCCUUAGAUAAAGACGAGGCAAAGAAGAAAAGCAACACGACCUACUUACAAACUGACCUUGACACCGGUGAACAGGUGGAUCUAGCAACUACACCCUCCUACAACUCCAGGCCUCCAAUCAAUCAUCAGCGCCAGAAUGCCAACACACAAGAUGAUUGGGACAUGGAAGGUGCUGAUGAAAAUACUAAAAGAUUUUUUGGUCUUAUACCAAGAGAAAAACCAAAAGCUUUGACUGUGAGAGAUGUCAAGAGACAAGCAGAGCAGAGGAAAGAGAAAGAGAGGCAACAGAAGAAGGAGGAUGAUGGAGAGGAAAUCAAACUUCGAGUCAGUAAUGUAGAUAAUGAGAGCAGCUCAAUUAUUCAUGCUCGCAUACCUUCAGAAGCAUCAGGACAUUGGGAGAAUGGUCACCCCUUGUAUGAGAACCUUCCUCGCUACGCUCCAGUGGCCUCCAACGUACCUGAGAGUCACUCCGCCCCAGGCUCACGGAGGUCAUCCCUCAUUCUCCUGGCGCCCAAGCCAUUCACCCCCUACCAGGACAAGUCCACGCGGCCAUUCCGCAGUGAGCUGGCUCUAAACUCCGCAGGUGAUCCACUCUUCUCAGCCAACACCAGCUCAACAAACAACCAACAAAGUGUCCCAGCGUCAGACGUGGAUAGACCCUACCACAGUGUUGAAAUGCUGAGUCAGCUGGAUUCAAGGAGCACAAACAAAGUAAAAGUGGAUGUGGACUCUUCUAUAGAUAGAAACAAUAACGGACCUACUAACCUGUCUAGAAAUGAUUAUUCUAGAACUAAUGGCCAGUUUCAUGCGGUGCCUUACAACUCACAGACAACACUUACAGCAGCAUCAAGUCAUACAGACACCAACAGACAGACAGGGACUGAUAAUGUUCAUGAACAAGAUCCCCCUGCCUCAGCUGCUCACAUAAUCCGGCCUGUCAACUUCUCGGCCAAUCAAACAUCGCUGGCCUACACAGCGCGACCAUGGACCAAGUCUGGGGUGGACUGGGACAACAGCCUGUUCAAGAAGAACCUGAGAGGCAGACACCUGACAAUAUCUAGCAGUGAACCCCUCAGGCUGGAGAUGAACCCAACCCUGCACAACUCAGCUGGAGAUUUGAUCAUGAAUAAAACGGUAUAUUUGUACCAUCUAAUAAGGAUUGACGAUGUCCCUGAUAUUGUGAAAAGCUCACAAACAAAAAUGGACCAGAUUGACGCUGAUAUUAUAGACAGAGAGGUUCUGUACAUCCCAGAGAAAGUGUUAAUACCAGAGCGUUAUGAUGCGGAUGCCGAUGCUGAGCACCUGACUGAAGAAGACAAAAUCAUACGCCAGGAGAAAGCUGAGAGAAUCAAAAGAAUGUUGGCAUCACAGAGUGUUUUAUCCCUGUCCCAACAAGACCUCCACAAGCUGCCACAGUAUGAUAUCCACAAAAGAGCUGAGCAGGUCAAACAUGAACGGGCACAAAUCCUGACCAUGAACCAGGAACUGGCGCGUCAAGUCACUCAAAAAACUAAAAAACAAGCAGCUGAGAGGAGAAAGACCUGGUCAGGUGCACAAUUUCAGGAGAUAAGGAAACAGUAUGAGGAGGGGAACAUGGUCAACUAGUGAGGAUAGGGGAACAUGGUCAACCAGUGAGGA